GGAUGGGAAUUGAGGAACGCAGGCAGGUGAAACGGCCUGCCCAGGCCAGCUCCAGAAAAGGCUGUAUGAGAGGCAAAGGAGGCCCUGAGAACGCCAGCUGCACCUACAAAGGCGUCCGUCAGAGGACUUGGGGCAAAUGGGUCGCCGAAAUCCGCGAGCCCAACCGCGGCGCCCGCCUCUGGCUCGGCACCUUCGAGACUUCCCAUGAAGCUGCUUUGGCUUACGACGCCGCCGCUCGCAAGCUCUACGGCUCCGAGGCCAAGCUCAACCUUCCCGACCUCUCUCUCAAUUCUCAUUCCCAGCCUGAUCCCCCGCAUUCCUCUGUCCCCUCUCAGGUUCCUCAAAUGGCGCCCAAUCACCAGCCUAUGCCAGAUCAUCAGCUGCUCCACAACUCUGCUGCUCAUAUCCCUCCCUGCUCCUUCAACCCCAUCCCCAAUAAUUCUCCGAUGAUGUCCGCCAUGGCUUCUCAUCAGCAAGUUGCACCAGCGUACAGCCCUAACUCUAGCUCUAGCUCUGGCUCGACCAUGUCCGUUCCCUUCAACGCCGAGGAGAACCUGAUGAAGCCGAUUGAGAAGGAGGAGGAUUUCGGUCAAUUGUGGGGAACGAUGAGCGAGGGCCUGCCUGUCCCUGAGUUCGAUGAUUCCAUCUGGGCCGAAGCUGCCAUGUCUCUGGAUUUUCCUGUAAUGUCUGAUGCGGGAAUAUAUGGGAAUGGGACUUUGGGAGAUGUGGCUCCCUGGGACUCUCUGCAGACUCCCUGGUGCAUGUGAGUGCACUUCAACCUCUGACUGACUUCAUCACUGUCUAUACCAUCAUC